AUGCAAGACAAAGGCCUCAAGAUUCAACCCGACUACAACACUGACGUCUUGUGGAAGCCGCCAAUGGGUAAGCUGCCAUUUUUAAUCAUAUCUUCUUAACUUUUUAUAAAUGUUAGUUAAAAUUACUGUUUUCUAACUACUCCUAGGCUAGGGAAUGAUUUUUAUUACCUAAAAUAUAUUUUAUAUUGUUUAGAAACCCAAAAACAACCUGUUAAAAAAGUGGAAGUUUCGUGGAAGAUUUGUAAUGUAUUUUGCACUGAAAAUUUUCCACUUAACUUCCAUUUUGAAAGUGUCUUAAAAUCGCUUAAGAAUGAGUUUUUAGCAAUUUUUAGGGAUGGAAGUUGGGUGGAAGAUUUGUAAUGUAUUUUGCACUGGAAAUCUUCCACGAAACUUCCACUUCUAGAAAUGCUUAAAAACGCAUUUUUAGGCAAUUUAAAGACAUUUUAAAAGUGGAAGUUUUGUGGAAGAUUUUCAGUGCAAAUUACAUUACAAAUUUUCCACUUAACUUCCACUUUUAUAAAGGCCGUUUUGAGCUAUUUUGGUCGUUGUUUAUGACUUUUUGGUUAAUUUUACUGGUUUUUCAGCCCGCAUGCGCACAGUGAGCAUGGACUCAAGUGCCAGUGACUCGGUCGAUAGCCCAAAUGCAUCGACCGGUCGAAAGUUCAGUUUCUCCGAGAUGUUCAUCGGUCCAUUCCAUCGACGAACCUCCUUCUCCGAAACCGAGACCACGAUGCCGAGAAAGUCGUCGUUGAGUGAGAACGUCGACUUCAAAGAGUUCAUGAAGCGACAGAAGAAGAUUCUCGAGGAACAGUAA